AUGAAAGCAGUAAUACUUGUUGGCGGAUAUGGCACAAGGUUACGACCAUUAACACUUACCCAACCAAAACCGCUCGUCGAAUUUGCUAAUAAGCCGAUGAUGCUUCAUCAGAUGGAAGCACUCGUGGCUGCUGGUGUUGACACUGUGAUACUAGCUGUCAGCUAUCGCGCAGAACUCCUGGAACAACAAAUGAAACAGUAUGCUGACCAACUUAGUAUUGAGAUAGACUUCUCAGUGGAAGACGUGCCCUUAGGUACAGCUGGACCGCUGGCUUUGAUAAAAGAUCGAUUAAAAGGAAAUGAACCAUUUUUUGUGCUGAAUUCUGACAUUAUUUGUGAAUUUCCACUUCGCGAGAUGAUUGAGUUUCAUAUGAAUCACGGUCAUGAAGGAACCAUCGCUGUAACCAAGGUUGAAGAACCAAGCAAAUAUGGUGUCUGUUUAUUCAAUGAAAAGACUGGAAAAAUAGACAGUUUUGUUGAGAAACCGGAGGAAUAUGUUGGAAACAAGAUCAAUGCUGGAUUGUACGUUCUUUCUCCGUCUGUACUAGAUCGAAUAUCAUUACGCCCAACGUCUAUUGAAAAAGAAGUUUUCCCGGAAAUGGCUAAAUAUGGAGAAUUAUAUGCAUUUGAGUUACCAGGGUUUUGGAUGGAUGUGGGACAACCAAAAGAUUUCUUGACUGGUAUGCGUUUGUACUUGAAACACCUUCGCGACAAGUCGCCAUUAUUGCUUGCUCAGGGUAGUCAUAUAAAUGGGAAUGUGAUUGUGGAUGGGACUGCAGUUAUUGGUCGUGAUUGCAGGAUAGGACCCAAUGUUGUGAUAGGGCCACGAGUAAAGAUUGAAAACGGUGUUUGUUUGCGUCACUGUACCAUUUUAUCUGAUAGCAUGGUGCGUACUCAUUCAUGGAUCAACAGUAGUAUUGUCGGCAGAAAAUGUUCAAUUGGUGAGUGGGUACGGAUUGAAAAUACCUGCGUUAUUGGUGAUGAUGUUGUCGUAAAUGAUGAAUUAUACUUGAAUGGUGCAAGAGUAUUACCGCACAAAGCAAUAACGACAAACGUCCCAGAACCAGACAUUAUUAUGUAA